AUGAGCCCCGGCAACAGCAAGGCGCCGUCGCCGACCCCGCCGCCGUGCGCGGAGGGCGGCAACGGCGCCGCGUCCCCCGGGCCCCUGGGCGCGGAGGGAGCAGCCGGCGUCGCUCUCUUGACCGGCGACGUCUUGGAGAGGGCCGCGGCCGCGCUCGCGGGCGGCGGCGAGGGCGGCGACGGCGACGAUGCUGACGAGGACGCCUCCCCGGACGCCGGCAUGUUGGGGCUGGGGGCGACGGCGGGCGCCGCCGCCGCCGCUUCCAAAGGCGCGGGCGCGGCCGAGCGCGACAUGGAGGGCGUCGUGGCGCUCCCCGUGUCGGCGGCCGCAGCCACGGCCGCCGCCGCGGCCGCUGCGGCGCCGCGGGGGCGCGGGGGCGCCAGCCGCGGCGGCAACCCUUUCCUGGUCGAUCCGGCGGCGGCCGCGCAGGGCGACGCGGGUGACGGGGCGGGUGAGGACGGGGCCAUGUACCAGGGCAUGAAGAUCGUGGUGCGGCCCCCGCGGGGCGACAAGAAGUGA